UAAUCAAUCCGACUUGGCGGGGCUAUAAAAGAGACCUGUUCGAACGGAUUGGCAAAUUAGUCGCUGAAAUCACUCACAAUAUGAAGCUGUUCUCGAUCGCGUUUGUUUUGGGCCUCUUGGCUCUGGUCAGUGCCACUCCCCUUAAUCCCGGCAAUGUGAUCAUUAACGGCGACUGCAGAGUUUGCAAUGUUCGAGGCGAUUAAUAUAAACAUCGGAAGA